AUGAUCAAGUAUACUAUCGACGAGCUUUUUCAACUGAAGCCAAGUGUUACCUUGGAAGUUAAUUUCGAUGCGGUGGAAUUCAGAGCCAUCAUUGAAAAAGUUAAGCAAUUGCAACACUUGAAAGAGGAAGAGUUUAACACUCACCACGUUGGUCAUUUCGGUCGUAGAAGAUCUUCCCAUCAUCAUGGUAGACCAAAGAUUAAGCACAACAAGCCUAAGGUUACAACUGAUUCCGAUGGUUGGUGCACAUUUGAAGCCAAGAAGAAGGGUAGUGGAGAAGAAGAUGAAGAAGAAACAGAAACCACUCCAAUCUCUACUGCACCAGUUGCUACUAUUGCCCAAGAAACUUUAAAAGUCAAGCCAAACAACAAAAACAUUUCUUCCAAUAGACCUGCUGAUACCAGAGAUAUCGUUGCGGAUAAACCAAUUCUUGGUUUCAACGCAUUUGCUGCUUUGGAAAGUGAAGACGAAGACGACGAAGCAUAA